AUGUCUAUUCCAAUCCCCGGUAUUAAGGAUAUUUCCAAACUCAAGUUUUUUUAUGGUUUUAAGUACCUAUGGAAUCCAACGGUAUAUGACAAGAUCUUCGAUAAACUAGAUUUAACUAGGACGUAUAAAAAUCCGAAGGAGUUGAAAGUGCUCGACUUAUACCCUGGAGUCGGCGUACAGUCUGCCAUCUUUUAUAAUAAGUACUCUCCCAAGCAAUAUUCUAUGAUAGAAAAACGUUCAAGUCUCUACAAGUUCCUGAAAGCAAAUCUUGAAGAUUCCCCCUUGCAGAUACUCAAAAAAGACCCGUAUGACUGGUCAACCUACUCGAAUCUAAUAAAUGAAGAGCGAAUAUUUGUUCCAGAAGUUCAGCCACCAGAUCAUAUCAAUGAUACUUUUUUAACAGUCGCUAACGUAACAGGUGAAGGGUCUGAAGGUCUUAUUAUGCAGUGGUUGUCAUGUAUUGGGAACAAAAACUGGCUGUAUAGAUUUGGUAAAGUGAAAAUGUUAUUGUGGAUGCCAAGUACUACUGCUAGGAAACUUUUGGCUAGACCAAGUACGCAUUCUAGAUCUAAAUGUUCAGUAGUAAGAGAGGGGUUUACAGAUACCAAACUGGUUGCCAUAUCAGAUGCGGAUGAACUGAAAGGAUUUGAUAGUCAAUGUUUGGAGGAGUGGGACCCCGUUAUAUUCAGUGCUGCGGAUAUGUGGCCUACUAAGGGGAAACCAAUUGCAUUAGUAGAAAUGGAUCCAAUUGAUUUUGACUUUGACGUAGAAAACUGGGAUUAUGUCACCCGCCACUUAAUGAUUCUGAAAGGAACACCAUUGAGUACAGUCAUGGAUUCACUAGGACAUGGCGGACAGCAGUAUUUUAACAGCAGGAUCACCGAUAAAAGCCUGUUAAAAAAGCGUCCUCUUGAUUUAACAAAUGAGGAAUUCAUAUACCUAACGAAGCUAUUCACAGAGUGGCCUUUUAAACCGGAUAUUUUGAUGGACUUUGUUGAUAUGUAUCAAACAGAGCACUCCGGUUGA